AUGAGCGGGGGAGAUGGGGCCGGCGCUAGGGCCCCCCUCUUCCUGCUGCUCCUGCUGCUGCUCUCCCCCGACGGCAGCUGCCUGCCGGGCCCCCGGGCGCGCCAGCAGGGCGGGGGCAGCGCCUCCCCCAGACCCCCGGGGCCGCCCGUCGUGCUGAUCCCAGGGGAUUUGGGUAACCAGUUGGAAGCCAAAUUGGACAAACCCACAGUGGUGCACUACCUUUGCUGCAAGAAGACAGACAGUUACUUUACGCUCUGGCUGAACUUAGAAUUGCUUCUGCCUGUCAUCAUUGACUGCUGGAUAGACAAUAUCAGGUUAAUAUACAAUCGAACAAGUAAGAUCACAGAGCCUCCGGAUGGAGUGGAUGUCAGAGUCCCAGGGUUUGGACAAACAUUUUCCUUGGAAUUUCUUGACCCUAGUAAAAGAAGUGUUGGCACUUACUUUUACACAUUGGUGCAGAGUCUGGUAGACUGGGGCUACCAGCGGGAUAAAGAUGUAAGAGGAGCUCCCUAUGAUUGGCGGAAGGCACCAAAUGAGAAUGGAGACUAUUUUGUGGCCCUUCGAAAGAUGAUUGAGUUGAUGUAUGAACAAAAUGGAGGUCCUGUGGUCUUAAUUGCCCACAGUAUGGGUAAUAUGUAUACUCUAUAUUUCCUCAACCAUCAGACUCAGGAUUGGAAAGACAAGUACAUAAAGGACUACGUGUCACUGGGUGCUCCAUGGGGAGGAGUGGCUAAAACCCUUCGUGUGCUGGCUUCAGGUGACAACAACAGGAUACCUGUCAUCAGUUCACUUAAGAUCCGAGACCAGCAGAGAUCUGCAGUUUCAACCAAUUGGAUGCUCCCCUACAAUUACACGUGGCCUCCAGAUAAGAUCUUUGUAAGCACACCCACAGUUAACUACACUCUCCAGGAUUACCAAAAGUUCUAUAAGGACAUCAACUUUGAGGAUGGCUGGUUCAUGAGACAAGACACUGAGCCCUUGGUCUACCAGAUGAUACCACCUGGUGUGCGUUUGCACUGUCUCUUUGGCACUGGUGUAGAAACACCUGACUCAUUCUACUAUGAGGCCUUUCCUGAUAAAGAGCCCAAGAUCUAUUACAGCGAUGGUGAUGGUACAGUGAACUUGGAGAGUGCCUUACAAUGUCAAAAGUGGGUGGACAAGCAAAAGCAGGAAGUGAUACUGUUUGAGAUGUCAGGAAAUGAGCAUAUUGAGAUGCUGUCUAAUGCUACAACUAUUUCCUAUGUAAAAAAACUUCUUUUUGGUUUGUGACACCCUAUGUGGACAGUUUUUUGUUUUUUUGUUUUUCUCCAUCACCUGUGAUGCCUUCCCUUAAGUGAGGGGAAAAUGCCUUUUGAUCCUUUGGUUUUAAAACACUUGGAUUAUUUAUUUGGUCUCUUUUCAGGCCGUGUUCAGAAAGCUGUUUGGUGUCCUUAAUGAUCACUUGUCUCUUGGAUUAGUGUUCAUAAUGCAUCAUAGUGUUUCACAUUCUAAAGGCUUGGUCAUAUGUGCAUUCUGGUGCUGCUAGACAAAUGUCCAGUGUUCAUACAGAAGUUCACUUGAACAUUUUUCACACCCUAUGUGCAAUAUGUGCAGCCUACACCGUUUCUUACUUGUGAUCUUUGGAGAGUUGGGGUGACGGAAAGAAUUGCUUGCUGGUUACUGUCAGUUCUGUACUAAAGCAAUGGAGAGGUUGUGAAGGAUUUUUUGAAUACAGUAACUUUCCAAAAGGGUCACAAGUUCUGAAUCAUUGUCCAUAAAUAAGCUAGUAAAUAUGAAGGUCCAAGCAGGUGUUAUAAAUAGACAUGGAGUUAAGAUAUUGCAGGACUUUGGUCAUAUCCAACUUACCUGUUUCUUCAUUUGUACUGCUGCUGGAAAAGAGGGAAAGUGCAUUAAUUACCUGAAGUUCCUUAUUUGAUGUCUUGGAAAAAUUGAAGAGAAUCCAGUUGUCCUUAACUUUAGUAAGUUGAUGACUUAGCAUCAAGAGUCUAAGGCUGCUGGCUUCAUGCUUUAGAUUUUUUCCCCUUAAUUAAAAAAAUAAAAGGUUAGUAGUUGUCACUCCUCGUACAAUGGCUAUGGCUACAUGGUGUAUACAUUGAAAUCCACAGGAACUUGGUAUCAGCAAAUUUUGUGUGAGGUGCUGACUUCACAUGUCAAAGUGACAAGUUAUCUCCAUUAGUUCAAAUGGUAAUAGAUCUCAAAAAACCAAAGCCCCCUCCCACCAAAACAAGUAAAAAUUAAAGUUCCCACAAUGGGAAAAAACCCCUUUGUAUGUAUCUUGCUUUCAGCCAAGUACACUUCUGCUGUGAUCCAGUUUCCAGCUAACUAACCAUCUUUCCUAUUGGAUCAAAAUUAUGUUUAGUUGAAAAAGCUUAGAAUUAUAGAGUAUUUAUAGAGAAAAAUAUCUUUCCUGUAGGGGUAAUGAGUUCUUAAUUUGGGUUGAGAAACAAACAUUUAAAAGGGACACUAUGUAUUAGGCCCCAGAAAAUUGCAUAGCAUGCAUCUCUCCAUGAAACAAUACUUCAGUUACUUAACCAUGGUAGACCACUUGUCAUUGCAUUUUUCAGAAAACUGCUAUGAACACUUCCAGGGUGC